AAGCCCUUCAGGUGCUGGGAAUGUGGGAAGAGCUUUAAGAAGAGCCGCGACCUCCUCAGGCACCUGCACAUCCACACUGGGGCACGGCCCUACACAUGUAGGGAAUGUGGGAAGAGCUUCAGUGACAGCUCCAACCUGCUCCAACACCAGCGCAUCCACACUGGAGAACGGCCCUACACAUGUAGGGAAUGUGGGAAGAGCUUCAACCGGAACUCCACUCUGAGCCAACACAAGCGUACCCACACUGGGGAAAGACCCUUCAAGUGUGAAGAGUGUGGGAAGAGCUUCAGGCACAGCUCCACCCUCCACAACCACCAGCGCAUCCACACUGGGGAACGGCCCUACAAGUGCUUGCAAUGUGGGAAGAGGUUUCACACCAACUCCACUCUCCUCACACAUAAGCAGACACACACAGGGGAGAGGCCCUUCCGCUGCACCGACUGUGGGAAGGGCUUUAACCGGAACUUCCACCUCAUCACCCACCAGCGCAUCCACACCGGGGAGAGGCCCUACAAGUGUGGGGAGUGUGGGAAGAGCUUCAGUGACAGGUCUACCUUGACCAAACACCAACGGACCCACCGGUAAGAGAAGCCCCUCGAGUGCCCCGACUGCGAGAAGAGCUUCGGCCGCUGCUCCAGCUCCGUCACCUGUUGGAGAACCCGCCUUGGGAACAGCCUUGGAGACC